GGCGGAGACGGAGUCCGACGGGGGCGGCACCAGCGGCACGAGCCCAGCACCGUCCAGUCUGAGGGGAGCGGCGCAAGGAGGAGACGCCGCCGCCGCCUAAGCCACAGCCUCAGCCUCAGUUUCAUCCUUCGGGCUUGGGAUCUGCUGCCGGGAAGCUUUGGCCCCGCAACCCCGCGCGCUGCGGUCGCAGGUUACUACCUCCAGAAAGAAAAAUUGACACCUUGCAUCCUGGAAGUUUACUUAAGCAUCUGAAAUUAGGGACUUCUUUCAAAUUUGGACAUGGCUAAUCGAGGAGCAACAAGACCCAACGGGCCAAAUACUGGAAAUAAAAUAUGCCAGUUCAAACUAGUGCUUCUGGGAGAGUCUGCUGUUGGCAAAUCAAGCCUAGUGCUUCGUUUUGUGAAGGGCCAAUUUCAUGAAUUUCAAGAGAGUACCAUUGGGGCUGCUUUUCUAACCCAGACUGUGUGUCUUGAUGACACAACAGUAAAGUUUGAAAUAUGGGAUACAGCUGGUCAAGAGCGAUACCACAGCCUAGCACCAAUGUACUACAGAGGAGCACAAGCAGCCAUCGUUGUAUAUGAUAUCACAAAUGAGGAAUCCUUUGCAAGAGCAAAAAACUGGGUAAAAGAGCUUCAGAGGCAAGCAAGUCCUAACAUUGUAAUAGCUUUAUCAGGAAACAAGGCUGACCUAGCAAAUAAAAGAGCUGUAGAUUUCCAGGAAGCACAGUCCUAUGCAGAUGAUAAUAGUUUAUUAUUCAUGGAAACAUCAGCUAAGACAUCAAUGAAUGUAAAUGAAAUAUUCAUGGCAAUAGCUAAAAAGUUGCCAAAGAACGAGCCACAGAAUCCAGGAGCCAAUUCUACCAGAGGAAGAGGAGUAGACCUUACGGAACCCACACAGCCAACCAGGAGUCAGUGUUGUAGUAACUAAACUCUAGUUUGAACUAGCUGGAAUAUUCUUCUGCUUCCUAAAUGUUAACAGUGGAAUUGGAGCAUUUAACCAGCCCAGUAUGACUUCCAAAAAGAAGAGACUUAUGAUAGAGUCAAGUUUCUAAUACAGAAUUAUUUUAAGUGUUUUGAACUUAAUUUUUAAUAACAUGCAUGUGUCCCUCUGACUAAUGUUUCAGCAGUAGAAGGGAGAAGUAAGAGCUGUGUGUACACUGGUUUCGUUGGAAGGUUAGGGGAAUCAUUUCUCAUCAGCAGGGAUGUAGAGAAAUGACUGUCUGGACCCACAGUUAACCAGCCAGUUCCUUCGAACUGGUACAGUAGUCUAUGAGAAAGAUCUGGAAUUUACUCAUUUGGGGCUUUCAAAAACAUUGUCUUUUUAGGAGACUCUGAGAUAUUUAUGUUUAGCUGCAACAUUUGGGCAAAUGGUAAUUUCUCCUGGUAUCUGUAUUUAAAGUAUACAUUCCACGUUUUAAUAAACUAGCCACAAGAACACAGCCCCACAUCUUCAGGGGAAAAAUGAACACUGGUGGCAAGCUGUAUCUAAAUUAUAGCCAGUCCUGUUAUUUCUUAAAUGGUGGCAAAAAUCAGAUGUAACCCAUCUUGUUUUAGAAAUAUGAAAACUGAUAAACGCAUUUGAUGGGUAGUGUUCCCUUCAAACAUGAGCUCUUCAAUAAAAAUGAAACAGACCGGGUGUCUGUGAUUUCGGUUUAAUCACUGCUGGCCAUUUGCAUAGGGUGGUUUUGUUGUUUGGGGGCAGGGAGGGAGCUUGUUCCCUUGGGACAUAACACAGUCAAUGCACUAACAAUUAUGUACAUUCAAACUUGAUUACUUUAAAUUCGAUCUUCAGAUGUACUGUAAAUAGGGUACUGCAUUGUAGCCUCCAUAUAUGUUUAAUACUUUUCUGUAAUAUUUAAGAGUUGCUUAUAAGUGUACAAAAUGUACAGUUAUUAAAACAGCUAAGUAUUUCUCUCCCCCUUUCAGAGGAAGGGGCUUCAGUUGUUCCUACAUUGCUAGACCCAUAAUAAACAAUGUAUCUGUAAUUCGUAACCUGAGUAUUGCGAUGUUAACAAGGAUCUUUCAGCCAGCUUUGUUUCCCAAAGUUCGUGUUAUUUGGAUCGGUUCAGUAUAUUGCACUAAUUCUUUUAGUUCUUUUCAUUGUAUGAAAUCUACCAUGUGUCAGAGAUGAUUUAAUCUAUUUAAGUGAUAAACUGCUAGCAGAACUUGUAUAUUUACAGUAAUUCAGAAUUAGUAAGGAAAACCGUUUCCCAGUGUUUAGUUUUAUAUUGAGGUGCUCAGGUUUGAAUAAAGUGGUAUAAACAGCAAAUACUGGACCUUUUCUCUUUCUUGGCAAGAAACAAUGAGCAUGUAUCAACAGUGUUAUGUAACCUGAAAUCUGCUUUUGUAUUUUCUUUCUUAUGCUCUUAAAAACGACAUAUAAUAUUGAUGGAUCCUAAUAUCUGGUUUAUUCAAGAGCUACGGUUAUGGUGUUGUAUCUUUGUCUUCUGGGUAAUCAGCACAUUAUCUUUUAUAUCAGAAACUGAUACUCACAUCCGCUGAGCAGUAUCACCGCAACUGUAAUGUUGUCCCUGGAGCCAGCCGUUAAGGCGGCCUUUACCAGUUGCCGGCUAACGUACGCAGCCGCGCCUUCGUAAAAGCUCUUAGCUGACGGCUCCUUCGCUUUCUCGUUUGGAUCUGUUGGCACAUCGUCUGCGCUGACCUGUCCGUCAGUUGGUUUCCUGCCGUGAUGUUGGCGAAUAGUCGGUCUCGGUGGGAAUGUUUCUGAAUUUUCAAGGUCACCAAUGGAAUGAUCAGAAUAUUUUGAAUCAUAUAAGUUUUCUUUUGAAUUUAUAGCUGACAGAUGUUCUUUCGAUAAAGGUUUACACUGAUACAAUAUGUGGAUAUCAUUACUUUCCGGUUUCCUAACACUUGGUUCACUAAGUUUGGACGACGAAGAUUCGUUUUCUGCCAUGAAGCAUUUUUCUUUAUAUGUGUGAAACAUGGUCAUUGCCAAUGCGAUGACUUCAUUUUUAUCUAGAACUUCCCAAAGUCCAUUAGUAGCUAGGACGAGGAAUUGACAUAAGUCAUCUAUAGGGACCGAGAUAGUUUGAGGUGCUGGAAUAAUGAAUUUUUUCAGUUUGAGAUUUCCAUGAAAUCCAAGUCCUCGUGUGGUUUUUGUUUGCACUUCGAGGAACCCAUUUGGUUCAUUUGAAUUAAUUAUUGCUCCAUUAUGAAGUACUCGCCUCCUUUCCAUUGCAUUUUGGAUAGUGUGUUCUUUGGUUAGGCAAAAACCUUUACCAUUUCUGCAUAAGACUGCAUGCACGUUACCUAAAGGAUUAUGUUUAAAACAAAAAUUUGAUCCUAAAGAUCUAAUGGCCAAUUGUAUCAAAGAAUACUAAUAAUUUUACUAAUUCUGUUUUUCAAUGUAUAAUCAGAAAACUCGUCAUUUAAAGGUAUUUUUUAAAUAUGUGAUUGAUGUUAGGAUGAUUUACAGUAAUUCAGAUUUCAAACUGAGAGGCAAGUUUCUCCCUUAUUUUUAAGCACCUAGUUGGAAACCCUGGUGGCGUAGUGGUCAAGUGCUACGACUGCUAACCAAGAGGUCGGCAGUUUGAAUCCACCAGGCGCUCCUUGGAAACUCUACGGGGCAGUUCUACUCUGUUCUCUAGGGUCGCUGUGAGUCGGAAUUGACUUGAUGGCAAUGCGUUUUUAGUGUUUAAAGUACUGCUUUUAGUAUUAAUUAAAUUACAAAAAUUGAAAUCACUUUCUUUUAUGAAACAGCUUCAGAAUAUAUCUGUUUUGGAUAGCCAGUAUGUUAAACUUUUAUAACCAACAUAUAUAUUCCAUAAGUAGAUACUUAUAAGUGUUUGGAGAAAUGUUUCUGCAAUUAAAAACACAAAAUCGUACUUCAAAACGGAGUUUGACACUUUUGGAACUGGUAAAAGUUAAAAUCUGAACAUGUUUAGGUCAUGAGUGAUGAAAACAUUAGAAUAUUGCUGUUAAUGUCAGCUAUGCCAGAAACGCAUAAAACCUGUAAUGUGUGAUUAAAAAGAAAAAAUUCAGUCAGCCUUGAUUUGAAUUAAUUAUUGAAGAAAAUAUGUAUUGUUUAUGUAUGACAUGAGUAAUAACGAGCCAACAUGAAAUUGAACCCUUUGGUUGAAAACUGAAAUCUUAAAAUCUGGUUCAAAUGAACUUGUGGUGUGUGCUCCAAUGAAAUUUUUUAAGAAAAUCUAAAUAAUGCUUUUAACAGAUUGAGGAGUGAUUGUAUUGCUGAAACUAUCUUUGGAUUACUGGGAGAAAGGUUCACAGAAUUUCUUCAGUUUGUUAGGAAGUACUUUCCCCAAGUUUUUAGGAAUAUAAUUGUGUAUUCAAUCUCAGGCCAUAGUUUUUCAUGGUAAAGAAUCAUUUUUCUAAAAGGUUAUCUGACUUUUUCUAAGAUGGAGUUAGUGACAUUUGGAUAGUAUAUCUUUGAGAAUUAAAAUUCACAGAACAGUGUGUAAGACUUACUUUAGAUAUUUAGAAUAUUCUGGCUUCAAACAUGGUUCCGUACCAAAAAUCAAUUUUGUUGCUGCAAAGGCUCAAUUAAAAUCUCUAAAUUUUUUAGGUAAAGGAAUUUAGGCUUAGAAAGGCUGAGGUCUACACAGCUACUGUGGAUGUACAGAAACCGUCAAUUGGUAAAGCAUUGCUCAGCCAUACAUGUGCCUAUUAGCUCAUAUACAUAAUGGGAAUUAUGAAAUCUGGAUUACUGGGUUGUGACAAAACACUGAUGAUGUAUAUGGGGGGGUGGGGAGAGGUUUUGGGAACCUGAGAACUACAUAAACGGUAGUCCUAGAAACUACAUGACUUGUUCGGCUAAUAUUUUGUACUGAUUUGUCUAUUCUGCUGUAAAACAUUCUUGACUUUUGCUGGGUUGCAAAUUAUUACAGUAUUAGCCAAGCUGCAUGGAGUGCAACAGGCCAACUAGGUAAAUUGUGAAUUGUUCUACUAGAAGGACAUAUGAUUCAAACCUCUUUUAGAAAAUUUCUUUCUGUGUGCAUAUAUGCAUAUGAAUAGCACAACCAUAGCUCUGAAAACACAGGGGACAUAAUUUGGCUCAGAGAAUAAUCAAAUCCAUUGACUUCCUAAACAUACUUGCAUGUGGAAAGCCAAAGCCCAUUCAGGGCAAAGAAAGCAUUGUUUCCCUGCUGUGUGGUUUGAAAAGAAUCUCAUACAAUUAUGAAGUUUUAAUGGAAGGAUGGUAAACUGGUAUUUUGAUUUAGUUGUCUCUGCAAAGAACUUAGUAAAUGGAGCCUUAACACGCUACGAGAGUAGAAAAUGCUAUUUUGGUUCAUUUUACUACUUGUGAGCACCCUUGGGUUCAAUAAAAUUUCUUAGUUGAAGGGACAUUAAGUCCUGGUUGAGUUCUUGCUCUACCAUUGGCUUGUUGCCUGACUUUAGAACUGGUAAAAGUUAAUUUUUUUUUCUUUUUUGUUAUUUCAUAUCAUUGAUUUUACCUUUUUUAAAAAACAGAGAUGGCUGCCCAGAUGGCUGAAGUCUUUACGUUUGUGAAUGAAUGGUGCAUGGGGUAAAGAGAAAGUGGAGGAGUAGCUACACUUUCUCAACUAUUUAUGCAUAUAGCCCUGGAAGUAGAGGAUAAAGAAGAUUGAGGCCCUGAAAGAGCACUCCUAAUAGUAGCAGUCAUGGGGAAAAAAAAAAAAAAAUGUGUAGAGUCAAUAGUUAUACUUCCUAAUGUUGGGGUUGCUGAAAACGGGAUUAUUGCAUACAGGGUUGCCGAAGGUAAAUGACUCCAUUAAGCUGGAAGCUACAGUAGCAUGAUUGUAGGCACCAAGGGAGAUGGGAAAUGAUGGAGGAAGAUUAAAAAAAUCACUGUAAAGUCCGCGUAGUUUGGAGGACUGAAGGAAGAGAAAGGAGGAAAUCUUUUACAGUUUUAAGAGGAAGAACUGAAUAGCAUUAAAGAAAGGUUCCUUUCACCUCUGCUUGGGCAAAAUGAGAACAGCUAACCAAGCAGUAAAUUCUGUGAUGAAGACCUUUACUCAAAAAUACGAAUGAAUUUGAGCAUAAAUGAAAAUUCAGAUUCCUAGAAGUUACGAGCUUCGCUUAAUCGGUGAGAUUGUACUCCUCAGAAAGUGUUAGCAGAUAAAAUAGGAAUAGGGUUACUGGGAGAUCGGCAUGGUUAGGGAUGGUGAUCAUACACAGGGAUGAAAAAGAGCUGCUCUCAGGUGCUGCUGGAGCCUUUUUAUAAUGGCAUGAAUAGUCAGGCAGUGUUUCUUAUGCAGAGGGUAACAAUGUAACUGCCUCCUGCAAUUAAAGUUAUUGCCAACUUUUGUGAAAAGAAAAAUAAGAUUUUUCUUAAAUAUAACCAGGAAGGUCGCUUACUGUUGAAGAGAAUGGAAAAGGUCUAAGUGAGACUUAUGAACGAUCUGGAGAAAAGAGGAGAAAUUCAUGCAAUGGUAAGAAAAAAAAAAUGAUACCAAGGAUGCGCAAGAGUGCCCUAGGGUAAGAAAGACAACUUGUGUUAGAAGAAACAGCGAGAAUAUGUGGAAAAACGGAAGCACCACACAUGCAGACUUCAGUCCAAACUUAGUGUCUUUGUGACUUCCAUUAAGUCACUUUAUUUCUUCACCUGCAAUGUUAUUCUUACUUAUCAAGGUUCUUGUGAGGAUUCAAGAAGGUAAGUUUGUCAUAGGUAGACACUUGAUAAAGGUUUCCUUCCUUUGUGUUCCAUGAAGAGAAAAAUGGGAAGAGAGGCUAUCCAGAAGAAAUUGAAGGGAGAUGAGAAAUGUUUAAUUUUUUACUCAUUAUAAAGAGUUGUAAGAAAAUCUUUAUGAAGUAGACUUACAGGCUUACAAAGUUAGGAAGAAAUAACUACUGAGGAAAGGAAAAGGAGGAUAAACAAUCUGGAAAUUCAAACAUGGUUGACCAAACCAAACCCAUUGCCAUCGAGUGAAUUCCGACGCAUAGUGACCCUAUAUAUAGGACAGAAUAGAACUGUCCCCUAGGGUUUCCAAGGCUGUAACCUUUACAGAAGCAGACCACCACAUCUUUCUCCUGUGGAGUGGCUGGUGGGUUCUAACCGCCUACUUUUUGGUUAGCAGCCAGUUGCUGAACCACUGUGCCACCAGGGCUCGAGUAUGCUUAAACUGGGAGCACAACAGAAGUGCCUAAGCAUGUAGAUGAUGUUAGAGAAACAAAGUAUAUCCAGGUUUUCUUUAGGACUCUAUAAUUCUUGAAAAAUAAGCAGAAUUUAAUUACAUGCCAUGAGCACCAGAUGUAUGUCUUCCCACUGAGGGUGCGCUUAAAAGAGUUUUCUGGAUGGACUGGUUUUCUUUGGAUUUUUGAAAGAUUUGUUUUGCAAGAUGCAUGAUAAUGGAAAUAUUCACCAUUGUACUCCUGGAGCCUAACAAUACUUUGCACGUGGGUCUCAAAUAUUUGUGCAAUAUUAGUUGAAUGUGUCCUCAGAAUCGGGUUUGUAUGUGAGUCCACAACUACCAUCAAAAAAAAAAAAAAAAGGAGUGUGUGUAUACGUAAAA